ACCGCACUAUGAAACGUGUAAACUAACCUCAAACUUGUCACAAAAAUCCAAAUUUUGACAAGUAUUGUCUCAUCAACAAUGAUUUUUAUUGUUAUUGAGAAAUAUUUCACUUUUCUACUUAUUGAUAAAAAGUAAGGAGAAUGUUAUGUUUAUCAAUCAACCCUUUACCUUACAAAUAUUUGUUAUUUAUUAAAAUAUGACUUUCUUUACUAUAAGAAAUUGUUUUUAAAAUGAAAAUAUUUUAAGUUACAUCUAUACACAAUAUCAGACACUUCAAGAUGUUGGGAGUUAAGAAAUUUAUUAUUUAUGGAGCUAUUUUAUCGGCUUGUUUCCUUUUACUUAUUUUAUACAUUUUGGGUACUGUUUACUAUGUUACUACACAAGAAGAAAACACCUGCGAAAUGACAUAUAUGUUUGAAUAUCCUCAAUAUGUGAGGAUAACACUUUAUGAUGAAUUAGAAAAAGUUUUUCCCAGAUUUGGUUUAUAUGCAUACGGUGAAGGUUUUGUGACGGAAAAAAUUCGACGAAUGAAAUUCACUGGGAUUCCUGUUCUUUUUAUCCCAGGAAAUGCAGGUUCUUCCGAACAAGUGCGUUCUCUGGCUUCUGUUAGUUUGAGAAAAAGUUUAGAGGACAGAACACCAUUUCAUUUUGAUUAUUUUGCCGUACAUCUUGGUAAAGAUUAUUCUGCUUUAUAUGGCGGUGUUUUGAUGGAGGAAACAGAAUACGUAUCUCAUUGUAUUGAGAGAGUUUUAAGUUUAUAUAAAGGCAAAGUGAAUAAUGUUAUUCUAAUUGGUCAUUCAAUGGGGGGAAUUGUUGCAAAAGGUGCUCUACUUAUGUCGCCAAAGAUUAAUGCUAGUUUUGCAAGUAUUUUAAUAACAUUAGCAACACCACAUACGCCAACAAUUGUUUUCGAUAGAACUUUUGCAAAUUAUUAUCAACAUUUAGAAGCUUCAAUGGAUCAAUUAAAAUUAGCGAACGUUACAACAAUUUCCAUUGGUGGUGGACCCAGAGAUCAUUUAGUCACUGCUACACAAACAAUUGAUUCAACAGCAGAUAUGAAUCUUCUUUCAAAUGGUAUUCCCGAUGUUUGGAGAAGUACCGAUCAUUUGUGUAUUCUCUGGUGUAAACAAUUAGUCUUAUCAAUAGUUCGAGCACUUUUUGAUUGUGUUGACAUUAAGACUCGACCUCCAAUGAUAACUGCUGAUCCUGAGAAAAAAAUGCAAGCACUCUCCUAUCAUUUUCAAAAGCGAUAUUCAGGAAAACGUCUCAGACCAUUUCAGGAAAAAUUUAAUUUCGAAAGUGGAGCUUUAUGGAUAGAGGAUAUUCGCAAACAAUACGUGUGGUCUGGUAAAAAUUUUACCGAUGACGAAACAUCAAAAUCGGUUAUUUAUCUUAUGAUCAGAUUUAGCGAUUUUACCGAUCAAUUGACAAUUCAAACUCUCAAUUUGGAAACUAAAGAUUGGCUCUACGUUUGUUUGGCCUCAACUAUCGAGGGACAGUCAAGAAUUUGUGAAUGGGGAUGGAACUUGUCAAACCGAUCAACAAUACUACCGGAUAUAUUGUAUCGUCGAAGAAAAAGUGUCGAUUUAAAUGUCGAAGAACUCAAAGUUUAUAAAUAUUCUCAUGUAGUUGUACGAAUUCCUCCGGGUAAGGAGAGAAAAUACGUGAAUGUCCAAAUUGAUAUGUAUUCACGAUCAUCGCGAAUAUUAAAUUUCAAUGAGAAAUUUUCAUUACUAAAACGUCUUUUCAUUCCAAAGAAGCCUUUGACAAUAAAUACAACGCCAGGAGAUGUACGAUUUCACGUGAAACUAUUAGAAAUAACAAAUGCCAUAAAUGUGGAACUCAAAGUUUUACAAUGUGCCGAUUUGACAAAAUCACAAUGCGGAAUAGUCGAAUUAAUAGAGCCUUGGAAUCCUGGAGCAACGCAAUUUUUCUUCUUAACUGGAAGUAACAGUGAAUCAAAAACACUGCAAAUACAAACGAAAACCACGGAGGAUAAUAAUAUAGCAGAAUUAAGACUGACUUUGGAUUCAUCAUGCUCGUACAGUAUUAUUGUUCAACAAGCAUCGUUAGUGGAAAAAAUCUCAUGUAUAGUUCGAGAUCGAUGGAUGACUCUCUAUCCAAUAUCAAUUAGUCUUUUAUUAUUGGCAAUUGCUGUGCAAUUUGACAAUAAUCGUGAUUCUUUAUUGACAGCUGGAAUAACUUUAAUACUUUGUGUUGGUUUAGGAAUUAUUUUCGAAUGUUGCGUGGCUUUUAUUAUUUUACAUUUAUUAGCCAUUUGUGUUUGUUGUUCUGUCGUUUUUCUUGGCUCCGUAGCUCACAAUAUUGCCGUACGAUUUUUGGCACGUGCAAUAGCAUUUUCAAUAACAUGGUCCGAUUGGUUGCUUGGAGGUUUAAAUCAAUUGCCAAUUGUAACGACAAUAAUUGUCCUAUCAAUAGUUCCAGCGACAUGUGGUGCUCUCGCAAUGAUGAUUUCAAUUUUUUUACAAUUUUUAAAAUUAACACGAAUGUAUGAGGAUUAUUUGGAAGAAUUAUUUUUAGCAUCGAUGCGACAUUUUAAUUUAAUUAGAAAACGUGAUCAAAAUAAACAUGACAAUGAAAAUACACGACGAAAAAUCUUUAAUCAACUUCUUCUUUUUAUGGUAUGGAAUUUUAUAGCAAUAUUUGCUGUUCCAUCUGUUCUUGUGUGGGCGAAAAAUUUCAGUUAUAGUUCGAGAUUAACAACGGAAGAUCCAGUUUUAUUUUACAGUUGGAUUAUAUUAGUGGCUUGUGGAACUUUGGGAUUAGUAGAAGUUCCUUGUAAGAACAAUGGUGUAUUAACCAGAUUUAUAUCGUUUUUAUUGCGUUGUAUAGCUUGGAUAAUAAUUUGUCUCACUGCUGCUCCGAAUUCAUUUUUCUAUCAAUGGUGGUUACCACCAUCUGUGACUGUUUUUAUGAUAUUAAUAUCAUUUUGUUCAAUGAUAUUUUAAUAAGACUGCUUUUAAAGUACAAAAUUGAUUCUCAAAAUUAGAAAAUGCUCAAAUUGAGUUCAAAUUUUACACAUGUAGCUUAUAAUGUAUUUAUAAUAAACAAAUGUUUAUUAAUAAAUAUUUAGAUAAUAGAAGCGAUUAAAAUUUAACAUUUAUAUUAAAUGUUAUGUAUUGUUAUUUAAUUAAUAAAACAAAAACACUAAUAAUACAUUA